AUGCGAACGGCAGAGGAAGAUAUGCAUACUGCAAAGGGAGAUAUGCAUACGGCAAAAGAGGAUAUUCAUACUGCGAAGGAAGGUGUACGUACUGCGAGACGAGCUGAUGUCGAAACUGCAGUCGAGACGUCCACUGCGACAGCAUCACGCUCGCGAUCACGCUCAAAGACCACGGUUGUCAAGGACGACGGCGAUGUUGAUACUGCACUACAGACUACCUCAGCAAUAACUACGGUAAGUUAUGAUUUGGUCUCUCUCUACUAUAAGAUAUCUUAUGUCAUCACACUACAUAAAUAUGUGACGCAUGAAAUUCGCCACUUGCGAAAAUUUUGCUGCGACAUACAUAUAGCAUAUAUGACUACGGACUAGAA